CGGCACCCGUGAACCCGCGUGAACCCCCCGAUCGCGUCACACCGAUCGCACCGGAUACAUCGCAGAGCGAUCCGAGCUCCUCGCCGAGUCACACGCGCGCCAGGCAUCGACCGUCGCGCCCGAGCCUGAUACCGAUUGACCAUGGGUAAGAACAAGAAAAAAGGUGGAGGGAACAAGGGCGGAUCGGGAGGAGGUCCCAAGCCCGCCGGGGAGGUCCCCAAGCCCAAGCCCGCGCCCGUCGAGCCCGAGGGCACCCCUUCCAAGAAGCCGCUCCUCGAGGAGGGAUCGUCCAGCUCCUCGUUCGUGCCCCCGGCGCCCCGCGUGUCCGCGGAGAUCGCACCGGCUGCGGAGUCGACCCCCGAGAAGGCGCCCGAGCCCGAGAAGGCGCCCGAGCCCGAGAAGGCGCCCGAGCCCGAGAAGGCGCCCGAGCCCGAGAAGGCGCCCGAGCCCGAGAAGGCGCCCGAGCCCGAGAAGGCGCCCGCCGCAGAGCCCGAGCCCGCCGAGGAGGAGAAGGCCGCCGCUGAGCCCGAGCCCGCCGAGAAGGCCGGGGCUGAUGCAGAGGCUGCCAAAGCUGAGCCGGCAAAGCCCGCGGAUGUGAAGGUCGAGGUCGACAAGAAGGAGGAGACUGCGCCGCUCAACGCGCAGCCGGGCUCGCCCGUUUCCUCCGAGUCUGAGGAGAAGUCACAGGGAUGCUGCAUCGUCAUGUGAGCGCGCGAGGGUGAAGGACGGGGUUCCCAACACGCCGCGGGUCCACCCGCUGCAACACACGGAACCCCGUAUUUAUUAAUGCUUAAUAAAGUUGCAUCGAUGACGU